AUGUCUUCGCAACCAAACAGUUACCGCGAUCCCAGCAAAAAGCCAUUGACCACAGAAGAGCAAGACGGAAGUUAUCAUCUUCGCAAAGGACCAAAAGCCUAUCGCCCAAAGGCGCCGAGCGACGACGCCGAAGCUUCCUACGCAAAAGGAGCAGGAGGUGGGGAGAGCGGCCAGACUGCAGGAUCGGAGGCCCAAAGCUCAUUGACGUUUACGGCCAAGCCGGUGAAGAAAGAUGCAGGCGAUGGAGAAGAUAAACCCAAGAUGGUCAAGGCGAUAUUGAGACCUAAGGUCAAGGGAAAAGAUACAAAGGACGAGGGGGAAAGUGCACAAAAGAAGUGA